AUGCAACUUUUACAAACUCUUGGUGCUCUCUUGUUGGCCAUUUCAUUGGUAGCAACAAAUACGGAAAUAUGCCAAAAUCCAGAGAGAACCAGCUGCGCUCUCAUAACCUGUUCACCUGGGAAGGACGGAUUACCAGGAAAAGAAGGGAUGGAGGGACCCAAAGGAGAAAAAGGAGAGAGAGGACCACAAGGACCAAUUGGUCUACAGGGACCUCAAGGGAUUUCUGGACCACCAGGAUCAAGAGGAGAACAGGGACCACAAGGUCAAAGAGGAGAGAAGGGUGACAGUGGAGCUCCAGCACUUGAAGCUCUCAAAAUCCAAGUUACUUCAUUGGAGAGAAGGCUGACCAGUUUACAGGCAACCGUAGAUGUACAGAAGAAAGCACUACUGUUCUCAAGAGGAACAAAUGCUGCAGACAAACUCUUUGUUACAAAUGAUGUGGAAGACAACUAUAAUACAGCAAAAUCAACUUGCGUAAAGGCUGGGGGUCAGCUGGCCUCACCACAAAAUGCUAAUGAGAAUCAAGCUGUGGCAGCAAUUUUGUCACAAUACGACAAGUCAGCAUACCUGGGUAUAAAUGAUAUACAGACAGAAGGCAGCUUUAGGUACCCAAAUGGGGAAAUUGUUUCCUAUAUUAACUGGGAUAAUCGUGAACCCAACAAUGACCAUGGAGUAGAAGACUGUGUGGAAAUGUAUAAAAAUGGAAAAUGGAAUGAUAAGAAUUGCAAUGAAAAACGUCUGAUAAUAUGUGAAUUUAGAUAA